AUGGUCACUGGGUUUGGGUAUUCAAAAUCGCGAUUUGGGUAUAAGCAUCUUGGCGAUUUGGGGAUCUGGCACUAUGUAAAGGCCAGGAAGUUGCAAAACCCUAAUGACCCUUCUUUCUUUCACUGUGAUCAGCCUCUUCAGAAAGUAUUUGGAGAAGAAAAGAUGAAGUUUACAAUGGUUUCGCAGAAAAUAUCUUCACAUUUAUUCCCUCUACAGCCUAUACUUUUGGAACACAAGAUCAAGCUAUCGGGAAACAGUCCAGUUGGGACUGCUUGUUAUGAUGUGAUGGUUGAUGUUCCUUUCCCAAUUCAGAGGGAGUUGUCUGCUUUAUUGGCUAAUGUGGAAAAGAACAAAGAGAUUGAGACAUGUGAUGAAGCAAUAUGUGGAAUCAUUACAAAAAUUCAUGAGCACAGAAGGAGACGGACAUUCUUUCUUGGUUUCAGUCAAUCGCCAGUAGAAUUUAUUAAUGCAUUGAUUGAAUCGCAAAGCAGGGAUCUGAAACUUGUUUCCAGAGAACCUAGUCGCAAUGCAGAGAAAGAGCGUCGAUCAGAUUUCUUCAACCAACCAUGGUAA